AUGGUUGGCUGGCUGGCUGACUGGAGGCCAGCUUUGCUGACUUGGUGGCGAGACGGGUUGUGCGAGACAAAAAGAUGGCCAAAGCAGCAUUCUGAAGUCAGACGAACGAGGAAAACACACCUCAAGAGGGAAUAUGGGUAUCUCCAUCCCCAUAGACUUGGGGCGGUGCUGAAUUCACGGCCUCCAAUCCGGCCCAGACGGCCCCGUGAGCUCGAAAGCUUGCAAGAACCGAACAAGAAGCAGCCCGGCCAUGUUCUGCCGAAGAAAUGGCAGGCAAAGGAUGGUGAAGACAAGGAAGAAGUCGGCUGGGCUGUUGAAAGAGGCAGGUCUGGCCGUGCGGUUGGGAGGUUUGGGUUUGGCGGCAACGAGUGGGGUCCCGUGCAGAGAGCCCCAAGCCCAGGCUCGGCAGACCCCGAACUGCUCGGAGCCUUUUUGCACUUCCACAGAGCAAGUCAAAUCACUGUCUUUUACACAACUCAUGCAUCCAUGGUCACAGUUUGCGCCGUUGCGGCUAUAUGUGGAUAG